UGCGCGCGCUCUUCUUGAUAAAAAUGUCGUGCAUGUGAUAAAUGUGAUAAAUCCAAAGAAAAAAACAGCAAGUGGCAAUAAACUAAUAAACCCUAAAUGCUAGAUAAGAUUGUAUAAAGCAGUGAGUCAGAGAGAGAUAGAGAGAGAGCUGCAAAAAUGAAAUUGUGUAACAUCUAAAGGCGAGACGCAAACGAAAUCCCGAAUCAAUUAGCCAAAGCAUCCACCGUCCAGGCAACAGGUUGUGACACACACACACGCAGACAGACACACACUAAGCUACUCCUCGAACACUCCACUCAAGCAGAGCAGCAGCGGAAGCGCAGCAGCUACAAUGCACCAGCGUCGCAACAGCCUGUGCCAGCCGCUGCUCAGCAAUGGCGGCUGCAUGGAUGCAGCCUCAGCGCCAGAGCCAGCGCCAGCACCAGCUGCAGGUCCAGCUCCAGCUCCAGUUCCAGCUGCAGCUGCAGCUCCAAUUCCAACUCCAGCUCCAGUUCCAGCUGCAGCUGCCGAUGAAUUUGUGGAGGUAGCCGCAGCUCCGAUGCCGUUGCGCUGCGGCUGCUACUUCUCGUUGGCCUGCUCAAUUGGCUCGAUGAGCUUGGCCUGCGGCAGCCUGUGGCAAAUCCCGAAUACCACCGAUCGGCUCACGCUCCAGCGUGGCCUCUUCCUCACCUCGCUCGGUUUCAUCUACUUCAUCUCGCUGACCGACUUCUGCAACAAGUAUCUGCUGGAGACAAAGAGGGGACAGCAAUUCCGUAACAAAUAUCGCCUCAUGAUAUCCGAUGUCCUCGAAAUAACCAACAAAAUCGUCUCGGCCAUACAGGCAUCGUUCUCGUUUCUGGUGGGUCUGAUCGUCUGUAAGUCAACGUGCAGCAAAUCUUUUGUGUAUGCCUCGCACUUUCUAAUGGAGGCAUACGGCUGGUUUGGCACCGCCUAUUUCAUGUACGACAUUUGGUCCAUGUACAAGGUGCACACUCAGAAGAUUGCCGACAAGCUGCACUUGCUGCGUCUGACCAAAUCACAGCCCUUUACCAAUGGCCAUGCCCGAAAGUAUUACGAUAAGGCCGGUGUCGGCGGUGGCGACAGAGGCGGCGGUGGCAACAACAAUGGCAGCACGCCGAGCACACCGCAUGAGAUAUGCGACUAUGAUGGCGCCUGUGUCCAGAUACCGAAGGAUGGGCGCUGGGACUUCUUGAAAUACGUGCUAACCCAUCCGGUUAUGAUGAUACAUCACGUCUUCAUUGGAACCUUCGGACUGCUCGUCGUGACGUAUAUACGCGGCGGUGGACAUUGCAUCUAUAGCUACAUGUUCAUGAUGGAGUUCUCGACGCCGUUUGUCUCGCUGCGCAGCAUUUUGAGCACAAUGGGUCUGAAGGACUCGCGUGUGUACAUUGUCAACGGACUCUUGAUGCUGGCCACGUUCUUUGUGUGCCGCGUCUGCAUGUGGCCAUAUGUAAUGUGGCGCUACAGCCUGGCCAUCGAUGCUGCCUCCAUGUGGUCGGCCAUAUGCGGCUUGCCACGUGGCUGCCUCAUCAGCAUUGCCAUACUGUUCUUGCCGCAGCUCUACUGGUUCUAUCUAAUGCUCAUGGGUGCACUUAAGGUGUUUUUGCCUAAGCGACGGAGGCAGCCAUCAGCUCUUGGCACUCAGUCGCAGGCGAACGCUCUAAUAGCCACGCCCACGCCUACGCCUACACCCACGCCCCCGCCCCCGCCCACGCCUACACCCACGGCUGCGGACACGCCCACCGCCACAAGCAAUGGCAAGCAAAAUUAGGGUGAAUUGUUAAAGUUGACGAGAUGGAACGGAGGAGAAAGGCCCGCCCCAACUGCAUAGCUAUAAAACCUAUAUCGAUAUACGUUAAACUAAUGUAUUUUAACACUUUUUUUUUUGUUUUUGCAAAGACGACUUGCAAGACCUUUGUUGUGGCUUUUGCUUUUGCUUACACACAUUUGACAAGAAGAAGCACAGCAGUUAAUUCUACAUAAUUUGAAGAGCUCUUCGGGCAGAGCCAUGUGUGCUUUGUAAGACGAGCGAAGACAAAGACAACAGAUAACAGACAUCCGCCUGAGUCCAGCCAGAGAUACUUGAUUAGCUAUAUAAAAAUUGAUAACUUUUCAAGAGAAUUGAAAAACAUAAAGAAAAACAAACAAUACAAAAC